UUCAUGGCAAAAUUACAACCUGAACCUGUUUUAAACCCUAUUUACUGUCCAUUGACACUGAAAGCAACUCGAUUUUUUUACUAAUUAAACUACAAUUGGUCGUUUAAAAAACAAUUUCUGGAUAAAGAAAUGGGUCGGGUGUGGAUCCUUUGGGCUUGACUUCUCUUUCCUUUGAAUUUUGUGGCAACAAUGGCGGAUUCUAGGUUGUCCAGGCGACCACGGGUUUUUUUGACCACCCCAUAUUCUAUUUCUCAUCAUGCCCUUUACACACAGGAACCAGUCAUAGGAGAAAUUAGGGUUAGUACUUUCUGUAGGGUUUUAUAAGCACUUGGUUUGGAUUUUUUGUGAUGGAACAUGGAUGCAAUAUCUCCAAUGCGCUAGGGCUUAUAAGCAUUUAGUUUGAUUCUGGUUCGUUUCAGCUCAAUUUGAAGCUAAAUGGUGCCAAAUACGCCCUUCCAGUGCAAAGCUUUUUAGACAAUAAGUUCGUUGACAACAAUGCAACUUUGCUGCCUUAAUUUGCGGAGAAGGCAGAAAGCUAGUGACACACUACAAGCCAAAGAGUUUUCUGCAAAGAGGAACAUCAAUCUCUUUUCCUACAAACAGUUAAGGUCUGCCACAAGGAACUUUCAUCCUGAGAACAGGAUUGGUAGGGGUGGCUUUGGAGUUGUCUACAAGGGAAUCCUACGUGAUGAAACCCAAGUUGCCGUAAAGUUACUUUCUGCUGAAUCAGCACAAGGACUAGAUGAAUUCCUAACAGAGAUUGACACGAUCUCAAAUGUUACACAUCCCAAUCUUGUUAAGUUGAUUGGGUGUUGUAUUGAAGAGGACAGCCGCAUGUUGGUUUAUGAGUAUCUGGAGAACAACAGCCUUGCUUAUGCUUUACUCGGAUCAAAGGGUAAAAGGAUUGACUUGGACUGGAGUAAAAGGGUUGCAAUAUGUCUGGGCACUGCUCAUGGUCUUGCAUUUCUUCAUGAGGAACUUGAGCCACAUAUUGUACACAGAGACAUCAAGGCGAGUAACAUUCUUCUUGCUAAAGACCUUGUUCCUAAAAUUGGAGACUUUGGUUUGGCGAAACUUUUCCCGGAUAAUGUUACUCACCUUAGUACGCGAGUAGCAGGAACAAUUGGAUAUUUGGCUCCGGAGUAUGCAUUGCUUGGCCAGUUAACAAAAAAAGCAGAUAUUUACAGCUUUGGCAUUCUCAUUCUUGAAAUAGUUAGUGGCAGAAGUAGUUCCAAUACAGCAUGGGCAGCAGAUAAAUAUGGUCUUCUAGAAUGGAUAUGGGAAAUGAGGGAAGAAGGGAGGCUAUUGGAGGUGGUGGACAAUGACCUACAAGAAUUCCCAGAAGAACAAGCAUUACGCUUCAUCAUCAUCGCACUCUUCUGCACCCAAGCUGCAUCAAACCAGAGGCCCAACAUGACUCAAGUGGUGGCCAUGCUAUCUACAAAGACCCCCCUUAAUGAGAAAUCGCUGACAUGCCCAGGUAUCCUUAAAAACACUGAUAAACUUUAUAAGGCAUCAGGUGCCUCUACUUCGAAGACCUCAACCCAAAAAGGUAAACAGUCGGCUCGAACCUCGACAUCAACUACUAUAAGUAACUUUGACACUUCUCAUGUGAGCAUGACACAGUUGCAACCAAGAUAACCAGUUUUAAAGAAUUGAGGGAAGGUAUUCCAUGAUCCAAUGAAGUAUGGUAUUGGGUUCUCCAAAGGGACAGUAACUAUCUAUUCUUGAUGAUGUGGUGGAGAUUUCUUCAUAGUGGGGCCACUGUGUUGCAUACUCCAGAGGGACAUUAUGGUCUACUUUUCUUAAGUAGGCUGUUUUGAUUUGCUAAGAUUAUUCACAAGAUUGGGCCGUGGUUCUCAGCCACUGGUGUUUUUCAGAUGACUCCCAUUUGUUUUGCGAAGCAAAUAUCAUUGGGCGAACUUACAAUGGCUUUCUAUACACAUAUAUUUUGUAUGUUUCUGAAUAUUGAUAGUCAUCCAAGCUUUGAUUGGAUGGUUGACAGUGAGCCGACAACAAUAUUAUUACAUUAAUUACAGCCUGACAAGAAUGGUUGGCCUCUAAUUUGUGAUGUUGUUGUGCUGCCAGCCAUCUUAUUAAAAUGGGAUGGCUAUUCGUCCAGGUUUCCUAAUAUCACUUUCUGUUUGGGGUGGUUGGGGGAAAGCUCACGUUUCAUAUCUAUAAGCUUACUGCAAUUAUGUAAGUGAUUUAUUAUUCUUUUAAUACAAUUGUUUCUUUUUAGUUU